AUCACCUGUCACCUAUGUUUGUUUUGUUUGCAUUACCUUCAAUUACCAUUACCAUUAAUUUUUAAAUGGUAAAGUCUAACAAAAUAGUUCUAAUUAAGCAAAUCUGCCAUUUAAACUCAUUUUGUUUUAAUUUGUUUCAUAGUUUCCAUCUCAUAUUUUCCAUUUAAUUUUUUUUUACUGUCUAUUAUUGCUGUGUGAUGUUACCAAGGGUUUUCAAGCAGGACUCCGACCGAAAACAACAAAUAACUACCCUUAAAAUAUUUAAUGAUAAUGUCACAGAAAUUACAGAAGAUUCAGAGUAUGAACUUACAUUCCAGUCUGGUGAUCACAAAUUAGCAUUAAGAGUCACCUUGGGCUCAGAUUUCCCUAAAGAGAAGCCUGUUCUAGAAAUCACCCCUCCAGUUUUCCACCCUUGGGUAAAUGAAAAGGGAUUUGUAACCUCCGCACCUGGACUGUUAAAUUUUUCUCCACAUUCUGACAUAGGUAGGGUCGUCCAGGCAAUUAUAAGGGAAUUACAGAGGAACCCACCUCCACUUGCUUCAGAAUGUGGGUCUUCAAACAUUGAUGCAGAAAAAAUAAGCCCAAGUUUCUCAAACUACAGUUUUUCUUCUCCCACUCCAAAAAAUACAGUAAACUCACGUCACUAUAGUUCAAUGUUUCCCAAUCUGGAACAACUUAGCUUAGAUGAGCUUAGAUUCCUGGAUGAGUCUGAAGACCAGCAAGAUGAAUUUAUUGAUGAACUUCCUGCUAUUAAGGAGCAAAACAGGUUUAUUGAUGAGUUAAUAGAUAGUGUUGAGGGUAUUGCUGAGGAAAACUUAUCUAAAGAAAAACACUUAAUAGAGCUUAAAGAGCAUGUAAAUAGUCAAAUGGAAGAGGUGGCAAAACUAGCCUUUGAAAACGAGCGUUUAUAUUCAAUAUAUCAAAAUUUAUCAGAGAAAUAUUCACCAAAAAACAUACAGGAGGAGCUAAGCAAGGCAGCUAAAGAAGCAGAUCAGGAAAGUGAGCAAAUCACAGAAUCAUUUCUAGAUGGGGCCAUAGAUGUUGAUAAAUUUUUAAAUUUGUUCAUAAGGAGCAAGACAAAGUAUCAGCUGAGAAAGACUAAGGAAGAGAAACUGGGGCAGCAGCUGGAUAGGCUCCAAAAGGCUGGAUUUUGAAAUCAUAGUUAGGUAUCUGUGAUUUGGGAAAUUAAGUCCUAUUUAUUAAUAUAGUCCAUUCCUAUUCUAUUUUUUAUUUAAAUAUAUUUUAUAAAAAGUUUAUUUUAGCAUGUAAGACUUUUUUAUUUAUUAAAAUAACUACUUGUAUUUUUUUUUAAUGUAAUAAAGUGUUUAAGCUUU